AUGUACAAAGAUGACGAGUAUUUACCACCGAAAAGUAACAAUAAAAGGUCCAGGACACACAAGUCAAGGUUGGGAAAGACCUCUUUUUCCUGCAAAGUAUGUGGGAAAGUAUUAGGAAGUAAGUGGACUCUUGAAAAACACCUGCAGAUACAUAAUGGACAGCGUCCGUAUCCGUGUGAUGAGUGUGAAAAAAGUUUCUCGUGUAAGAACCACUUGGACGCUCACAAGAGAACUCAUACAGGGGAGCGACCCUUUCCCUGUAACCAGUGUGACCGGAGGUUCUUCAAUCACCAGCAUCUUGUCCUCCAUCAGCGGCAGCACUCUGGGGAGAAACCAUUUGUCUGCAAGUACUGUGAGAAAGCUUUUCCAUGUAAAGACACCAUGUUGAAGCAUCAAAGGGCUCACACGGGGGAAAAGCCUUUUCCAUGUCCUCAGUGUAAUAAAUGUUUCAUUGACAAAUCCAGCCUGUCGAAGCACAAGCGUAAAGUUCAUACCAAGGAGCCUAAAUCGGCCAACAGGCUAGAGAUGGAAUCCGAUCAACUUUUGACUGUGACUGUGUGA